AAAACUGAGGUUUCAAUUAUAAAUUCGUAAAGGAAAUAAAGUACACUUUUCUUCUGAACUGGGGAAGAAGAACAGGAACGGAACAGAGUUCCUUAGCUUCAAAGUCUUACAUGCCAAAAUGAUCCAAAUGGGGAGAUUUAGUGAGAAUUUUCCAGUGGAGUUAUGGGAGGAAAUUAUGUCAUGGCUGCCACCUGAUUCUCUGAGAAGAUUCAAGUGCGUUUGUAAAUCAUGGCAUGCUCUGAUCACUUUUCUUAUCAAAAACCCUGAAUUUGUGGCCAAACACCUAGCCAAUAUGAAGAAGAAGAAGGUGUGUUCUCCAUUGAUACACCUAAGGAAUGUGAUAACGACUAAUUACACUGAAAGGCAAGAAGGAACUUAUUUCCUUACAUUGGCCAAUGAUGAUCUCGAAGAUGAUUACGCCGAUGAUCUCGACGAUAAUUUAUACAUUCCUUGUGUUACUGACAAUCUCAAGUUUCUUACCUGCAAUCUGCACAAUAUUUUUGUUAAGCUGGUGGCUCAUUGUAAUGGCAUCAUAUGUCUCUCUGCAUUUGAUAAAAAUGACAUCUUUAUUUUAUUGAAUCCUGCCAUUAAAGAAUUUAAGAUUGUUCCUAAUGCGUCCCCUGGUGAUGGCUCAGGAGAGAGACUAGUGGGAUUUGGUUAUGAUUUAAUCACUAAUGAGUAUAAGAUUGUUAACAUUAAGUCUUUGUAUGAAGAUGAGGAUGGUCCAUAUAAAGCUGAGAUAUUCACUUUGAGUACUAAUUCUUGGAAAGAAAUCGAUUUUAAUGUGAAUAUUCUCUACUUUCCAAAUUGUGACUACCAAGUGGUGUACUGUAAUGGAGUUUGUUAUUGGUACUUUUGGGACGGGAGUUGCAUCAUUGUUUCUUUUGAUGUUAGUGAUGAGGUAUUUCAGAUCAUACCAUUUCCAGAAAAUGUCCCAGAACCAGAAAAAGAAUGGGAUAUACUUGCUGAAUGGACAAAGAUUGCGGUUUGGAAAAAUAAUCUUAUUCUGUUUUUCUAUUCUGAGUUGUAUCCAAUGGUUAUUGAUAUGUGGGUUAUGGAUACCUCUUUUGGUGGUGUUCGUGGUGCUUAUUCUUGGUCUAAACAUUUAACUAUUGGACCCCUUGAAAACAUUAGUUACCCACUAGCAUUUUGGGAUGCUGAUGAGCUCUUCAUGGAGACCAAAGAUGGUGAAAUCAUCUUCUACAACCUUCGCAGCCAAGAACUCAAUGAUCAUACUGUCUCUUUGGAACCUUUUCACCGGAAUCGUCUUGUUACUUAUGCAAAGAGUUUGGUUUCAGUACUCAAAAGAGAGGAGACAUAACUAGAAAAGAUCAUGGAAUAGUAAUAAUUUCAUUUGUUUUUUAUAUUUAUGUUACUAUCCCCUUUCAUGUUCAUUGUAAUGUGUUUUUUGUGUGUACCAUCAAUUCGAGUGCUGGCAAUAUCUGUUAAUAUUACAUAGCCUGUUGUUCACCUUUUUUUUUUUUUUUUGUUCGCUGUGCACUUAGUUUAGUGGAAAAUUACAAUAGAAUUUUUUUAUUAUUGUUGAAAGGCAAUACAAGAUGUUGAUAAAAGAACUCUUGAAGACAA